AGUGUAUUUAUCACUAUAUUCUUCACAUAUGAAACAUUACGAGAUGGAUGCUUUGUCAAACCUCAAAUUGUUGAAGGUACUUUUUCUGCUUAGUUUUGGAUAUACUCUUAUUGUUGCUGAAUGCACGUUAAGUGCCCAAAAAGAUUCAAUAUCCUCACGACACAUCUCUAGUUUGGAUCCACUCAAAGACAAAAUAUUCACCUAUAACUUCAAGGAUGAAAAGGAUCGCGAAGUGUAUAAAUACACUCUGUCAAUUUGUUCUGAAAUCAAACCCGGAACAAAUAUUGCAGUGACACAAGAAGACUUAGUCGACCAUAAAACUAAAACCAUAGGAAAAAUUGACCAAGCUUCAAUAAAAAGGGGGAGUAAUUGGAUAAUGCUGACUUUGAAAGGAGGGGAUCCCUACCAUACACACUGUGGCCAUAGUCCACGACAGGCACAUGUCAUGAUUAUGUGUGAUAAAUAUCAUUUAGCAAGGAACUUUACUGUGCUUUAUGAAGAGAAUAAAGAGGAAAGUGAAAGUUGUUUCUAUCUGAUGGAAUUGCAAAGUAGUGUUGCUUGUUCAAAUGUUGAUCAAGGACUUAGUACAGGAUCCAUAGUAUUGAUAGUAUUUGCUUGUGUCAUUGCAGUAUACUUGGCUGUAGGAAUGUUGUACAAGCGUUGCGUACAUGGGAAGAAAGGCAUGGAACAAGUACCAAACAUUGGAUUUUGGAAAACAUGUGGAAGUUUACAAGCCGAUGGAUGUGACUGGCUUUGUCGUUGCCAAGAAUCUGGUUUUGACUCCAGCAGACCAUAUCGUGGUAUUGCUGAUGACCAGCUUGAUGAUGAUGCAGAUGAUGAAAAUUUAUUACCCAUGUGAAUUGUUUGGAAGCUGAUGUACUACAAACUACCCUCAAACUGUGCUUUACAAUGUUCGGUGAAGAUACCAUGUUAUACAAUGAAUCUGUCAGAAGAUGGAAGAUUCAAAAUUAACAUUAAUAAUUUGAUUAUUCAGCGAGAAUUUCCGUACAUCUAUACUAAGGUCGAUCCUAAUUAAUAUUAAUUUUUUUACACUUGAUGAUUUGAGGUACAGUUCCAAUCAAAUUAAGGUUAUCACACAUGCUCAUUACUCGAAAGUGCAAUAUAUAUGCAAGCAGUUCCUUUACUGUGUCUUCACUAUAAAGAUCAUUGGAUGAAAGUGACUAUUAAAAAAACUAGUUUCUUCAAAA